AAAAGUUGAAGCACAGGCAGCUCAAGUUGAGGAAGCUGGAGGCUUUGAUGCGUGGUUGUUGCUUAGAACAUGAAUACUUUCUUAGGAAUUGCUCUCCAUCCAGCUGUACCCACCUUUUUGAAGAUCGCGCCUAGGAGCAUCUUGCCAUUUUCUCUUGCAAGCAAAGCUUCUUGUCUUUCUUCUGGACUUCAUCUCCAAUGGAAAAGGCCAGUUGGAAGUUCUUGGAAUUGUGUCCAACUGUUUAGAGCAGAAGCUGCUUCAUUCUCUAGAGCUUUUGCUACAUCCAACUGGAAUUUACAGCUUGCCUCGAAGACCUUGGCUGAAAUGACAAAGGAGAAGUUCAAGACCAGGCAGAAACAGAUUAUCGAUAAGACAAAGCAGAUCCAAAAGAAUAUUGUGAAACCUUUGAAAAAAGUUAUUCCAGAACAUGAAAAUAUUUACACAAUUCCCAAUAUCUUGACCUUUACCAGAUUGGCUUCAGCUCCACUUAUUGGUUACUUGAUUGCAAAUCAACAUGUUUUGUCUGCUUUUCUUUUAUUCGGUUAUUCCUGUGUGACUGAUUUUGUCGAUGGAUAUAUUGCCAGGAAAUAUAAUAUGGGAUCAGUGCUAGGCUCAGUCAUUGAUCCAAUGGCUGAUAAAUUGUUAAUGAUAAUUUGCACUGGAUGUUUGACCUAUUCAAACACCAUUCCAUUGUAUUUGGCUAUCUUAAUACUAGGAAGAGAUGGGUUACUAGGUUUGUCUGCUAUCUAUUUCAGAUAUAUAUCGCUACCUCUUCCAAGAACUUUUCUCCGAUUUUGGGAUUUUAGUAUUCCUUCAGCUGAGGUUCAUCCAACAACAAUCUCAAAAUAUAACACCUUUUUUCAAAUGCUUUAUAUUGCUUGUUGUGUUGUUCAGCCUGUUGUAUAUCCGUUAUUAGAUCAGAAUUCUCUCGAUUUAAUUAAAACUGCUUUCACUGGCCUAGAAUACUUGACUGCAACAACUACUGUUCUAAGUGGUUUAUCAUAUAUUUUUUCCAAAAACGCUGUGGAAAUUCUCCAUAAACCUUCAAUUAAAUAAAUAAAUAAAUAGCCAAUUAAUUAAUUAAUCAGUUAAUUGAAUGGUUGAAUAAUUGAAUAGUCAUGGUGUUUUUAAAGUUUUAAUUUAAUUCAUUGUUUAUAUUCACUAAGAUUUUUUGUUAGUUUCUAUUUUUACACUUGUACAAUUUUUAAUGUCUG